GGAAGACAAAAGAGAUAGAGGAGACAGAGCCAACGCAGCUGAAAGAAAGAAAACUCAGCAAUACUCACUCCCGUCCUCCCUCUGCAGAUGAGGGUCUUGAAGUACAGGAAUAAGAGGGACCAAGAGGCAGAGCUGAGGGUCGAACCUGGGUCCCAUCUAACUUAAAACACAUGUUUUCAUUCACUAUACCAUCUUUCCUGCCUAUCCACCUGGGGUCAUCAAGGGUACCCUCAUCACGUAAGCAACACCCGUUUGGGAAGAAAGCAUGGAGAGAAAACCUGUGUCCUUACCUCCGUCCAUCUCCAUAUCAGAAAUGGAACCCAACGGCAGCUUCAGCAAUCACAAUAGCAGCAGGAACUGUACAAUUGAAACCUUCAAGAGAGAAUUUUACCCCAUCGUGUACCUGGUAAUAUUUAUCUGGGGAGCCUUGGGAAAUGGCUUUUCCAUAUAUGUUUUCCUGCAACCUUAUAAGAAGUCCACAUCUGUGAAUGUUUUCAUGCUAAAUCUGGCCAUUUCCGAUCUCUUGUUCAUAACCACGCUGCCCUUCAGGGUUGACUAUUAUCUCAGAGGCUCCAAUUGGAUAUUUGGGGACCUAACCUGCAGAAUUAUGUCGUUUUCUAUGUAUGUCAACAUGUACAGCAGCAUUUAUUUCCUGACUGUGUUGAGCGUUGUGCAUUUCCUGGCAACUGUUCACCCCUUCCGGCUCCUUCAUGCCACCAGCGUCAAGAAUGCCUGGAUUCUAUGUGGGGUCAUAUGGGUCUUUAUCAUGGCUUCCUCCACAGUGCUUCUGAAAAAUGGCUCUGAGCUGAAGGGCAAUGUCACAUUGUGCUUGGAGCUGAAUCCUAAUAAAGUUAUUAAACUGAAGACCAUGAACCACAUUGCCUUGGUGGUGGGCUUUCUGCUGCCAUUCUGCACACUCAGCAUCUGUUACCUGCUGAUCAUUCGAGCUUUGUUAAAGGCGGAGGUCCCAGAAUCAGGGCUGCGUCUUUCUCACAGGAAGGCGCUAACCACCAUCAUCAUUGCCUUGAUCAUCUUCCUCCUGUGUUUCCUGCCCUAUCACAUACUGAGAACCCUCCACGUAGUCGAGUGGAGAGUGGAUAAAUGCAAAGAGAAUCUACAUAAAGCUGUGGCCAUCACACUGGCUUUGGCAGCGGCCAACAGCUGCUUCAACCCUUUGCUCUAUUACUUUGCUGGCGAGAAUUUUAAGGACAGACUAAAGUCGGCACUCAGGAAAUGUCAUUCACAGCAAACAAAGUGCAGCUUUCCUGUGUGUGUGUGUGGUUAAAAAAGGAAACAAGAGUGUAAGGGGUUAUUAGGUGACGCUGUUCCUAUAUCCUUGUGUCCACCUUCAUUCACACGUAGUCUCCAAAUGACUGUGUAUUUAUACCAUUUCCAACAAAGGUCGAUUCCCAAGAUUUAAUUGACCAUGACUUUUGUUGAUAAGACCUACUUCAAAAUUUUCAUUAGGUGUAUCUUCAGUGUUUGAGUCUAAAUAGAGAGUAUAGCAGGAAAAAUCCCUAUUAGAGUCUUGCAACUUGAAAUGUCAGACUGGGAAAAAGUGCUGAGCACGGUGACUGCUGCUUCUCAUCAGAUCCUGUACCAGAUCUCUGGCCCACUAGGCAUUCUAAAUUCUUAAUUUUAAGACCACCCCAACAUUCCUAGCUCCAGCUCCUCUUCCCUCUUCAAUCCUCUGAGACACAGCCAAUUAACAAAGCUACUGGAGGCCCCAGAGCAGAUAAGAUAAGCAUCCUUAGAAUUCAGGGGAAAGACUUAGACUGUGAAGAGGAAGGCUGUCCUCUAACAAAGCAGAGUCAAGGACCCCAACAAGAACAGUGGGACAAAAACAAGGAGAAGAGAGAAAGGGGAAAAAAGAAUUUCAUUUUGCACUAGGAGAGGGUCUCUAGCACACUGAAGGCAAAGGGCAUGCCUCUCUCUUGUCAGGGGGUGAGGAAAACAGAAAGAGUAGGAGGAAGACCUGGGGCAUUGCCCUAGCAGGUGGAGGGAUUAUGUGUGGAAUAGGAGAGAAGGGGAUCCAUUUUACUCUUGAGAUUUGGGUUCGGGUUGUUCACUGCAGUUCCCAUCCUGCAGGUUAAUCCAUUUGGAUGGGAGCCAGAACAGAGGAGGUGGUGCUAAGGGUUUGGUUGGGCACUCACAGAGAAGGUGGGGUGGAAGGUAAGUUGCAAAGUUGUAAGUUGUGGUACCCCUGAAAUUCUAUUAACAUUUUGGCAGAACAUGAGUAGGGUGGCUUUCUUUUGAGAGAGUGUAGCAAAGCACUGGAUUGUGGGAGGGAGGUCCUUUCUGUCCAGUGAAACAAGGCUAAGGAGACUACCUACUGCUACCACCAUGACCACUGUACUGCCAACAAUUGAGUACCCUCUCUGUGCUGGGCAGACUGCCCAAGGCACUUCCCAUCCGUUAAUUCCAUUUAACCCUCACACCAAAGCCCUUCAUCUUCAUUUUACAGAUGAAAUCAAGGAACUUGUUCAAGUUCACACAGUUUUAAGAACCUCUGUGCAGAGAGGUUGGCUGGGUGCUUUCCCUUCCAUUCCCCUUGCAAACCUCCAUAAGGAUUAGUUGAAAGUCUGAGUAAGAGUUCUCUUCCCCCAUCAGGUACCUACCCCUUCUCACUCUCAUGAGAAGACUGAAGGCUGAGGUUUUCUCUUUGGAGUUGUUGACCCCAAGAUAGAGUGGAGAGUGGGAGGGUGGUGUUCUGAAGCUAGCAAGGGACUGAAGGAAAGUCUUCAUAGAGAACAAGAGCCCCAGAGCCAUUCCCUCACUCAGCUACAAGAAUGCCGACAGACUCAUACCUUGUCAAGACAGAAGCCUGGAGGCUCCUCCUAUGGGGAAACUGCCCGACUCAAGGAAAAAGACCAACAGACACAGACUUUUGGGUAUUCCCCCAACACAAAAGCUGGUUCCGGCCCUAUUACUUACCCGACAGGAAGCCCACACUGCAACUAAUCCCUUCUACUCGUAGAGAGCAUCUAAUCAACCUGUUAGAGCAUCACUCUUAUUAUGAGCAGUCAAUGAGGACCACACAUCAGAGGAAAGGGCCUGAACGUGAGAAACCAACAAUGAAUGAGAGGGUAGAUAGAGACAUUUUCAGUAUGAAAGAUUUCAACGUUUUUAUCACCCUCACACUUUUUAUUAGAAACCUACUGGAGAAUUUGCUUCUCUAAAAUAAGAGAUUAACCAGGAUAAAGGAAAACAUGACGUCUAGCAAACAAGGAGUAAGAUGAAGAAAAUUCCCAGCAUGUUUGUGCAUAGCAGAAAAACAAGAAACUAAUUGAUCUGCACACGUUGGAGGGAUUUAUAUUUUUCUUGGAUAACGUGGGAUGAACUAGUAAAAAUACAUAGGAAAAUAAGCAAAUGAAAAGACAAUGCACUUAUUAAAUGCUAGGGGAAAAGAAACUGUUGUUUAAGAAAGGAAAUAUAACCAUAGUACACUAAAUGGCUCAGCUGUGAACAAUAUUUACAUAGAGAAUGUAAAUAGCAAAAUACGGUGAUAUAACUUUUUUCAGGAAAUGAGGGGGAGAGGAUGUGUAUGACGGGGGAGGGGUAUAAUAAAUCUAUGUUCCUAUAUCUUAUCACAGAAAAUUCAUCAUAACUAAAGCUAAAGAAUGACAAAUAUCUGUAUAAAAAUGUUAUUUAACAAUAGAGGAUAAAGCCCAGAAGAAACAAUGAGCAAGAUUGACAGGGAUUGCCUUUGGAGAGAAGUUGGGUGUGGGAGGAUAAGGUGGGGAUUUCUUUUUUCCUCUU